AUGAGAAAGAUGCGGAUCAAAAAGAUUUUAUUGACUGUUAUGGUUUUCCUUUCACUGCAGAUCACGCUUGCAGAUGAUGUGGACGUAGUCAAAGCCAUCACUGGCACAGAGGAGAUUUCCGAGCAUGACAACGAGGUCGAUCAGGUGGCGCUGGAAUCGGAAUCGGAGCCACAGCAACCACCAAAGGUGUUAUAUCAGCACAACAUUCAACAACAACAACCAGGGCCAGGACCAGCACGUAGUAAGUUCGAUCAUCUCAGUAAAAAAAAGUAUUGAAAUAUUUUUCUAAUUGCGACUUUAGGCAAUCAUCAAAGCAUUCCACUCAGCCUGGGACAACCUUUCGGUCCACCACCACCACCCGCACAGUUGGCUUAUCAAGGCCCACCGCCGCCAUUACCACCACAACGGCCGCCACCACAGCAAGUGCACGCACAACAAGUGCUGCCCGAUUUGAGCGUUGGCGCCUCAAGCAAUAACGAGAUCUGGUCGUCGCCGGUGCAGGACAUGCCGAAAAUAAUCUCACUGGAUGUAAAGUGCGAGAAGAAUGGAAUGAAAGUAUUUGUGAAAUUCGAUAAACCAUUCUAUGGUAUUGUCUUUUCGAAAGGACACUAUAGUAAUAUGAAUUGCGUGCAUUUGCCAUCGGGACUGGGACGCACUUCGGCCACUUUCGAUAUCGGGCUGCAUGAGUGUGGUACAUCGGGCAAUACUGAGAAUGGUUUGUAUGGUUAUGGACAUGAAUCUGGUUCGGGCACCUACUUUGAGAAUAUUAUUGUCAUACAAUACGAUCCGCAAGUGCAGGAGGUGUGGGAUCAAGCGCGUAAGCUGCGUUGCACAUGGCACGAUCAGUAUGAGAAAAGCGUGACAUUCCGGCCAUUCCCCGUGGAUAUGUUAGAUGUGGUACGCGCAGACUUUGCUGGCGAUAAUGUAGGUUGUUGGAUGCAGAUUCAAGUGGGUAAAGGCCCGUGGGCCUCAGAGGUCUCAGGAUUGGUGAAGAUCGGACAAACUAUGACAAUGGUGUUGGCUAUCAAGGAUGAUGAUUCCAAAUUCGAUAUGCUUGUGCGCAAUUGUGUGGCGCACGAUGGCAAACGUGCACCCAUACAAUUGGUCGAUCAACGUGGUUGUGUCACUCGUCCGAAAUUAAUGUCCCGCUUUACGAAAAUUAAGAAUUUCGGCGCAUCAGCGUCGGUGCUCUCCUAUGCACACUUCCAAGCAUUCAAAUUCCCCGACUCCAUGGAGGUACACUUCCAGUGCACAAUACAAAUCUGUCGUUACCAAUGUCCCGACCAGUGUUCUGACCCCAAUCUACAAGAGGUGCAUCAUCUGCAAGUCGGACCAGAGUCACAAUAUGGCCCACCGCCACCACAAUUGCACGUCGACACUUAUCAUGUGAGCAGCGGCAUCGGCAAGCGGCGUGACGAGCGACGUGUACAACGUCGUACACGUGCUGUCGAUUCCGAACCGGAAGUAGGUCUCAAUCGUAUCAUUAAAGUCGUUUCUUCGGGUGAUCUCACCUUUGCCAUUGACGAUCAGGCGAAUGGCACAACCGUUGCCGCGCCCCAAACCAUGGUCUUCCCAGCACGCGAAGAUGGUCUAAUUUGUAUGACAACGCCUGGUUUUGCGAUCACUUUGAUUAUACUGCUUGGUAUACUCGUAACCUCCUGUCUCAUAUCAGCUGUACUCUAUAUACGUUUGCGGCCGUUCUCAUCCUUUGCUCAUUCGGAGAAAGAGCGUGCAGUGGCUUAUACGAAUCCGCAAUUAGCUGGUGCUAUGCCCGUCAUACAAAUACCAGGACCUCCAAGUAUCAGUCAGGGUACUCUGACUAAGACACGAACGCAUACAUGA